AUUUUAGUUUUUUUGAGUAGGUGGCGUUGUUAAAUCGGUAUCUGGAUGGUAUCUUCAUCUAAGAAAAUGGCAGACGAAGAAUUACCUAAAGGUUGGGAGAAGCGAAUGAGUCGCUCUACAGGUCAACCUUACUAUCUCAAUAUUUAUACAAAAGAGAGUCAAUGGGAACGACCAACAAAACCUGCUGAACCUUCUUCUCCUGGAAGUGGUCAAGGUGAGCAAGUGCGAUGUAGUCAUUUAUUGGUAAAACAUCAGGAAUCAAGACGUCCAUCUUCAUGGAGAGAAGAAAAAAUAACCAGGACGAAGGAAGAAGCACUUGAAUUAAUCAAAAGUAAGUAUUCUAAUGAAAUUUUAAUUGCAUAAUUACUGCGAUAUUUU